GGAAUCAGAGCGAACAACCGUGUCGCCCUCGCUCGGUCUCCAGCCUUUGCUUUGUGCGCAGCCGCAGCCGCUGCUUUUUCCUGCCUCUUCAUCCUGCCCGAGGGCGAAACCCCCAAACCCUCUCCCUCCCUCCCUCCCUCCCGUUGCCCGGCCGAUCCAUCCACCGGCGAUGACGCUGGGAAGCUCCGGCGCCGGAUCGAGCGUCGUCGUUCCUCGGAACUUCAGGCUAUUAGAAGAGCUUGAGCGUGGAGAGAAGGGCAUUGGUGAUGGGACAGUGAGCUAUGGAAUGGAUGAUGCAGAUGACAUCUAUAUGCGGUCAUGGACUGGUACCAUCAUUGGCCCUCACAAUACUGUACAUGAGGGUCGCAUCUACCAGCUUAAGUUGUUUUGUGACAAGGACUAUCCUGAGAAGCCACCAUCUGUCAGAUUCCACUCAAGAAUCAACAUGACAUGUGUUAAUCACGAGACAGGAGUGGUUGAUCCAAAGAAGUUUGGUUUGCUAGCAAACUGGCAGCGGGACUACACGAUGGAGAACAUCCUAACCCAGCUCAAGAAAGAGAUGGCUGCCUCACAGAAUCGAAAGUUAGUGCAGCCUCCAGAAGGGACAUUCUUCUAAUGAAGUGUUCACUGGCCCAUCAUGGGAUCCAACAACAGUAACGAUAAGUUGUUUUAUGGGUUAAAAAACAGCUCCUACAUCUGGUGCCAGUGUCUGUCUUUAUGGUUUUUUUUAUUAUGCUAUGUUCUUGUAUCUGUGAACCGCAGUGAACAACAGAAGCAUCUUCCUUGCAAUUCUUGCAUGGGUUGUUGCAGGUUCCAGGGAUGUAUCUUUGAAAGUGGCGUAGUGCCGUGUUAAGUAAACAAAUGCGUCUUAUAUCUAUAAUAUUAGUGUUGAGCAUGCAAAUGCAUUCCGUCUUGUAUC